AUGCCUACAUGGCCCCCGUCGCCAGCCUGGGUCAUGACGAUGAUGCCAUGGGUCAGCUUCUCGUACAACCGGAUCUACUACGAUAUCCUUGGAGGUUAUGAGCGGCGCCUUAACAAGGCCCUCCGAGGUCGUGGUCUUCCCAACGAGCAGCUUCCUGCCGCAGAAAAUGCUGACGGCGGCCAACAAGCCAACGCCGCAGCAGAGAACCCCGCCCCAGCUGAGGAAGAUGAUGAGGGCUACUUUGCGCAGGCGAUGAGGGUUGGAAACGCUGUGCUUAACCUGAUGGGUGACGAGAACAACCAAGAAGAGGUUGUGGCCGAGAUCGAGCUCCACAUAGGCCCCGACGAAGAUGAGGCUGCCGCAAUACAGGAGCUUCAGGAUGAGCUGAACGAUCAGGGUAUCGUUGUGGUCGAGGAGGGGCGCGGUGAUGAUGCUGGCGCAGAAGCAGCUGAGCAGCCACAGGAGCAAAACGAGAGCGAAGGAGGGGACCAGGAUGCCGCCGAACCACCACCGCCUAUCAGAAUCGAGCCUCAGGGCAAUGGCGAGCAGAAUCCUCCGCCCAACGGUAACAACAAUAACAACAACAACAACAACCAAGCACAGGAAGAGGUGAUCCGGGAGCGGAAUGGUGGUCCUUCGACAACCCUUACUGACCUCGUCAAUGGCGUCGUCACCGCCAUCACCUUCCCGCUCGUGUGCUGGGGUGCAGGCGAGAUCCUGCGCCACGCUUUGCCCGAUAACUGGAUCACGCGGACCCAACCCCGCGCUGCCACGGGCCUGCUUCAGGAGCAAUGGGGACGUAGCUUGGUCGGCGGGAUGGUCUUCAUCGUCGCGAGGGACGCGGUGAAUUUGUACACUAAGCACAGGAGGGUCGAAGUGAGAAAGCAUCGGAGAGUGAGGAACGUCCCGCGGCGGAAGUCGAAGCCAACGCAAACGCAACAGGCAGAUGAGACUACAUAG